GGGUGGAGCUUCAGUGUUUAGUGGACCGGUGAUGAGGGUGGUGUAUCGGCGUCCCUUUCCCUCACCAUAACACUAGUCAAGGAACCAUUUCGACAUGUAACAGUGUGCGUGCUCGCUGGAACAAGAGGAAACCUUCACUAAAUUUAUAGGAGCAAUAGAGUGCAAGGUGAAUAUGGAGUGUUGUUAUUGUUGCUGCAGUUGGCAGCGUUAGUUGGCGCGCUUGUCUGGAAAAAGGCUGCCUGGCUGGCCUGCCUAGGUGCUUCGCCUGGAAAACAGCUCUCACCUCUUGGAAGGCUGCCCUGAGUGCUGUUCGUGUAUACAGAGUGACGCAGCUUGCUGGUGCCACGUUGAGGCACCAACACGCACACCUACUGAUAUAAGGUGCAGGGGUGUGGCGGAGGCGGCAGUGACGGCAAGAUGUUGGAGACAAGGUUAUGGAUGGUGCGAGUGGCGGUGGUUGUGUUGGUGAUGGUGACGUGCGAGGCAGUGAUCAAGUACCCACCAAUGAUGACUAAGCAGCCGCCCCCCAAUGAUGAGAUUCUCUUCCACGUGACUUCAAGACCUGACCAAAAUGACAAGCCUUUCCUCAUUGAGUGUGAAGCUGAGGGAGAGCCCGCUCCAAGGUAUCGGUGGAUCAAGAACGGGAAAGAGUUUAAUUGGCAGACCUAUGACAACCGUAUAUCCCAGCAGCCAGGAAGAGGCACCCUGGUCAUCACCUCCCCCCGGGAUGAGGAUCUUGGUCAGUACCAGUGUUUUGCCACCAACGAGCUUGGUACAGCCACAUCCAACUCUGUGUUUGUCCGAAAGUCUGAGCUGAACAGCUUCAAGAACCAGGAUCCACAAACAAUAGAGGUGAUGGAAGGAGAACCAGUUCAACUUGCCUGCCAGCCCCCUGAUGGCUAUCCCAAACCAUCAGUCUACUGGAUGAUUCAGGAGGACCAAGGAGCACUGCGAAGUAUCAACUCCUCCAGAAUGACUGUUGAUCCUGAGGGCACCCUGUGGUUCUCUAAUGUGACCCGCUUUGAUGAGUCCAAUGAUUUCACCUAUGCCUGCUCAGCUACCUCUGCAUUCCGUAAUGAGUACAAAUUGGGAAACCGUAUGUACCUGCGUGUGUCGCCGACUGGAAACAGUGCCGUCCAGACCAAAAAUGAGCCCAAGGAACAAUUUAAAUCUCGCAAAAACACCGUUAUCCUUAAAGGCAGAACACUUAGGCUUUGGUGCAUCUUCAGUGGAACUCCUCUCCCAGAGAUGCGAUGGAGUAAGAGCAACAGCUCUCAUUUCCCACAUGAAAGAGUGGAUUAUGAGAACUAUGGCAAAACUUUGGUCAUCCGCUAUGUUGAUUUUGAAGAUGAGGGGACUUACGAGUGUGAGGCGAGUAACGGUGUUGGAGUGGCAAAGUCAUACUCCAUGAAUGUUGAAGUGCAAGCCAUUCCAUACUUUAUUAAGGAACCUGAGGUAGCACACAAGGCUGAGGGAGAGACAGCUGAAUUCCACUGUAAGGCCUCGGGAAAGCCUCCCCCAAAGCAAUACUGGAUAUACAAUGGCAUGCCCAUCACAGAAGCACCUGUCAAUCAUCGCCGUGUUGUGGAGCCAGAGAAGAUCAUCAUCUACAACCUAACCAAGGGUGAUACCGGCAAUUAUGGCUGCAAUGCUACCAACGGACACGGCUACGUAUACAAGGAUGUUUACGUCAAUGUUCUUGCGCUUCCACCUGAGAUCCGCAGACCCCCGACAAAUGUCAUGACCGUUGAUGGGAAGCAGGUGAACAUGACUUGCCGCAUGUUUGGUGCUCCCACGCCCCGCAUCACCUGGAUCAGAGACAGUGAAGAACUGACUGGUGGCAGAUUUCAAAUAACUAGUGAAGGAGACUUAGUCAUAAACGAGGUGUUAUUUACUGAUGCUGGAAAGUACACUUGCUUGGCUGAGAACAAGUUUGGCAAGCAGGAGGCACAUGGGUCGCUGGUGGUCAAGGAACGCACCAAGAUUACCGAUGCACCACAAGACUAUGAAGUAGCCGCUGGGGAAACAGCCACCUUCAGGUGUAAUGCUGUGACUGACAAUGACUUAGAGUUGAGCAUUGAGUGGCAAACUGAUGGUGAGAACAUUGACUUUGAACAAGAACCUAGAUUUGUUCAGCAGUCUGACUUCUCAUUGAGUAUCACCAAGACCACGGAACUUGACUCUGGGAAGUACACUUGUCUUGCAUCCACUGCUCUGGAUCAAGUGGAAUCCACUGCCUCAUUGAUUGUACAAGAUGUGCCCAAUCCACCCCAGUUGCUGAAGGUGACCUGCAAUGUCCGGGACGCCAGUGUGGAGUGGCAGCCAAUGGGUGACAACCGUGCUCCCAUCCUGGUCUACAUCAUCCAGUUCAACACCAGCUUCACACCAGAUACUUGGGAAAGUGCCUAUAACGACGUUCCAGCAACCAGUACAGAGUUCACCAUCAACCUGAGUCCUUGGGCAAAUUACACAUUCCGAGUAGUUGCUCGCAACAAGAUUGGUCCUUCCCAACCAUCAGAACACUCAGAGAUGUGCACAACCUUGCAUGAUGUUCCUCACAAGAACCCUGAUGGUGUGGAGGGCAAGGGAUCAGAUCCCACUAACCUGGUCAUCAAGUGGUCGCCAAUGCCAGAAAUUGAACAUAACGGUCCUGGCUUCAAAUAUCGUGUGUACUGGAAACCUGAUGAUGUGGAAAAUGCAAGGUGGCAAACAGAAGAUGUUAUAGACUGGGAACAGGAUCACUUUGUGGUGCCAAAUCAGCCUACAUUUAAGCCCUACAGAAUAAAGGUGGAGGCCCAUAAUGAUCGAGGAGAGGCAAAUGUGGCUGCACCUGAAAUUCAGGGCUGGUCUGGAGAAGCAGAACCCACCGAGGCACCACGAAACCUGACACUGCUAGUGCUGAAGGAUGCCACCACUGCCAUGCUGGCAUGGGAACCUGUCUCUGAAGACUCCAUUAGGGGACAUUUCAAGGGCUACAAGAUCCAGACCUGGACUGAGAAAGAGACUGCUGAUAAGGCACGAGACAUAAUUGUUGAGAAUAACAACGAACCGUCUGCUCUCGUUACUUCAUUUGUGCCCUACACCAAAAAUUUUGUGCGUGUGCGGGUGUUUAAUGGUGCAUAUGAUGGACCACCAAGUGAAGAGAUCAGCUUUGUCACUCCUGAAGGAAACCCUGGACCAGUUGACUCCUUGGAUGCCAUUCCAUUGGGCUCAUCAGCAUUUUAUCUCAUCUGGAAGAAACCCAAACAGCCCAAUGGUAUCUUGACUGGUUAUCACAUCUACUACCAGGAGGUGGAUGGCACCAAGACUGGUGCUCUCUCUGAGCGUGAUCCCCCAAUUCGCGAUCACACAGUGACUACUGCCAAACUUGCCUCCCUCAAGCCUGGCACCAAGUACCGAAUUACCAUCAAGGCUCGCACAGCUAUGGGUGAAGGAUCUGGUUACUUCAUUGAGAGAAUGACCCGAAGCAGUGGUGCCAUACCCCCCGGCAAGCCUGGCUUUAUCUGGCAGCAUGUCACCACCAAAAAGGGAGAAGCAGCCAUUAAAGUUACUUGGAUUCCAAACACAGAGAGCAAUCCUGGUUCUCAUUUCUUUGUCAAAUAUAAGUUGUACGGGGAAAGCAUUGUCUCUGAGACCAAGCCAGAGCUGCAUGAAGACUUCAUUUUGCUAAAGGGUCUGGAGUUAGACAAGGUGUACCAAGUGUCUGUGGUGGCUGUGGAUGGGGAUUACUCCAUUGAGUCUGAUGUUGAAGAAAUAGACACCCAUAGGACUGGUGUUAGUCAAGGGGUGUUCAUUCGUGAGACAGACAACAUUGCUACCCGUGGCUGGUUUAUUGGCAUGAUGCUGGCCAUUGCCUUCCUUCUCUUGAUUCUCAUCAUUGUCUGUAUUGUCAAACGCAACCGUGGAGGGAAGUAUGCUGUCCAUGAACAAGAGGCAGCCCACGGCCGCACUGACUUCAAUGAGGAGCAAGGGUUCCCUGAGUUUGCACAGCCGUUGGAUGGAGCAAAGAGAGACAGUCUAGCAAGUGAUGUGAAACAUCCAAUAGAAUCAGACACUGACUCAAUGGCAGAAUAUGGUGAUGGAGAAACUGGAAGGUUCACAGAGGAUGGCUCAUUUAUUGGGCAGUAUGGACAAGCCACUGGCAGGAGGAGGCCACCAACAGAGGACAAGUCACCAUCAGCGGUGGCUACAUUUGUGUAGACUAGCAUUGCCCAGUGGCUCUUCUCUAUCUUCUACCAAGGCCAUGUACCUGUCAAUGCCUACCUUCCAGUGGUCCCUUCUCUGGAUUAGUACUUUAUUAUAUUUUCAUGUCAGUUUUGUAUAAGCUGACAGAUUUCUACAGAAAUUUUUUUUAUUUUAUUUAUCCUUCUCUUUUAUUUGUUUUGAUGAUUUCUAAUAUGUCUGAAUGACAUUUUUUUAUUUGCAAUUUAGCAGAUAAAUCGGUAAUAAAAAGAGUAAUGGAAACUAAGCCUUCAUCAGAACAGGUAAUCAACUGUGAAGAUUAGCACUUAAAUUAUACUAUUAAAAUGAUAGUGAUAACUAAAUUUUUAAAAUUGGCCAUGGUAAAAGCUAGAAUUUUGUGGUUGAUAGGUAUUGUAUAUGAUACAAAGUUCCAUCCAUAUUAGUUUGUGUAGUGAUGAUUUACCUCAGAAGUCUUAGUAGGAUAGCCAGAUAUUCAAUGGCCUUUUAAUGUAAGGUCAUGAAGCUGAACACAGUAGACUUUUGAAUAUCUACCCUGGACUAGAUCAGAUCUCACAGGGUCAGCAGUUUGGUGGUACAGAUUAACUCUUUCCAAUGAAGAUACUAAUGUCAAGGAAUGUAUGUAAUACUGUUUGUUAACAGUACUGUUAGUUAUACAUUUAAUUUUCAUAAUCAUUCCUCAUUUGUAAAAUUACUUUGUACUGGCACAGGAUGGAUUGAGGGACCUAGGAAGCUAUUACUAAGCUUGGCAUCAGUGACUGUCUACUACCAUUUAGUCAAGGAAAAUGCAGACUUUGAAAUUAUGAUGCAUUAUAUAUAUAUAUAUAUAUAUAUAUAUAUAUAUAUAUAUAUAUAUAUAUAUAUAUAUAUAUAUAUAUAUAUAUAUAUAUAUAUAUAUAUAUAUAUAUAUAUAUAUAUAUAUGAUGCAUUUAAUUGGUACUGUAGAGGAAGAUAACUGAAAGUCUACUGUAUGUCUAAUUUAGUGUAUUUAAGAUGUUGAAUUGAUAGCUUAUAAAAUGCAAAGUAAUGUUUUCAUGGUAAGGUGUCUUUGUCAUGCCAAAUGGCAGCAUUUUUAUUCCUCUAUAUGUAUUAUUCAACACUGCAUAAGAGAAGGUAAAUUAUAUAUAAACAGUUUGCUAAGCUUGGGUGAUAUAAAUUGGUUACAAUUUUUGCCACUUUUGUUGGGCAGAUCUCUGUGCUCGAAAAAAAAAAAAAAAGUGAAGCAAGGCACUGCAGCUCAGUGUAUUGAGAAAAGGACUCCCAGGAGCUGUGGUGGGCUGUGCCUCAUCUAAAGUGGAAUACUGCAAACUGCCAACGUCACAUCAUAUGUGUGCAAUGGUAAAAUGGAAUCUCAUUUGUAUAGAAUCCCCAGUGAAUGUGCCCCACAUUGUAUAGCACUAUUGCUAAUUAUAUAGCUGAUAAGAUUAUUCCCAUCAAGGAGAAGUGUAAACAUUUCUAUAUAGCCGCCAGGCAUUGCUGUAAGUGUUGCAGUUAAGAUGUAAAUGUGCCUCUUGUCAGCUUUUUGAAUCACAGUUAAGCAUUGUUAGUAUUUCUUUCUUGGUAGGAUGACAAAAUGGCUUAAGGUUGAUUAUAUAUUGGUGACAUAAAUUAAUAUGUCUACCUUUGUUACUUUUUUCAUUUAAUUUCAGAGGUAGUCUGAUGAAUAAUAUGUUGAGCAUUAGGCUCUAACAAUAUAUAAUUAUACUGUUGACAUGUGCAAAUUGAUUCUUGAAACUUACAAAAUCACUAAGAAUGUUCUGUUGUCAUUCAUGUAGAUUUACAUUGAUUUGCAUAAGUCCCACAAUUCCUGCACAAACUUUGGUAGUGUCUGAUAAGGGGAAAAGUUUAUGUAGUUUCAUAUUCUGUAAAACAACCAUGCAACUGAUCUCUGGUUUGUGCAUUAGGUGAAGGAGCACUGCUCACUCUUCUGGUCUGAAGAUAAGAAUACAUUGUGUCCAAGAACAAGCAUUCUUGUGGCAUAGUUAAUUUUGCUUAUGCUGUGACAAGCACCAAGUGUCAAACUCUGCAAGAUACAUUGCCAACACUGUGUGAAUGUUUGUUAUUUUUAUACAAAUCUUUUUAUUUAUUUUUUUUUUCCCAGCUGUUUUAGUUCAUUUUAUUUUAUGCAAUAUCAGGAAAUGAACAAAUAGGUUGUGAAGAGAAUGACAUAAGUGCAUAGUUUAUGCAUUAGAAAACAACUUUCAGCUAAUAUCAAUUUAGACCUUUGAGAAAAGUGCCUAUUUUCAGUAUGUAUAGCCCAAAAGAGAUAAGUAAUUAAUGUUGUCUGCUAUGUUGUCAAAAAAAUCCAUUAUAUAAGUUUGGCUUAUACAGUAUAUCAUCACUGCACUUUAUGUAUAAAGAAAGGGUGUUUGAAGGAUGAAGUAAUUGUUUCUUAUGAAUAUAGUAGUGUUGUGUGAGUCAAAUAUUAAUUUUAUUCAGUGAUGGUGUACAAAGUGAAAAUCAUGCCUGUUAUGUGAGUCACUUGGUUGUAAACUGUUGAAACAUUUUAUCAUUUUUAGUUUCAGUGAGCAUUACAUUAAUUACCCAAUCAUCUUUUUCAUGGUAUUUGAUUUUGCAACAUAAGUUUGCAAGAAGCAAAGAAAAGAAAGAAAUGGUUGAAGGUUUAGGGCUCAUGAAAUAUGAACAAUGGUGAAAUGUAAACAGAUUUUUAUCAAGUGACUUGCAUACAAUGGCAAAACACCUUGAAGAUUCCCACUUUUUAAUGUACCCAUGUAUAGAUUUGAGAAUCUUACCAUCUUUAAAGUUAUCACAUAGAGGGGUAAAGUGAUGGUUUUAAGUACCUUAACAGUAGUUGCAUUGUGUUCAUUCUAAUUCUAAUUAGAAACAUUUAUAUGCUAUGUGAGCCACAGUUAAAUUCCUGCAGAUUAUUAUAUGUACAUCACUUUUCCUUUACAGUAUUUACAGUAUACUGCUGUAUUUAGGAUGGUCUUACAUUCUUAUCAUCUACCUUGCCGAUAUGUAAAGCUUGUGAAUCGAAGUAACAGAAAACAAUAAAAUACUUGUAAAAAACUA